AUGAGGAACUUACCGACUAAGAUCAUUAUCCGACACCUUCCACCGAAGCUGACGGAGGAGCAUUUUAAGGAAAUGUGUUCUCCUAUUCCUCCCUACGACUAUUUCCGCUUUUGCUCAACUGAUCCUAGUCUCGGUGGGAAAAAUUUUUGUCGAGCCUACAUAAACUUCUGCGACCCGGAGUCCGUCUUUGCGUUUCGUGAACGAUUUUCUGACUACGUCUUUGUUGAUUCUGAGGGAAAUGAGGCUAAUGCUAUUGUGGAGUACGCUGUGUUUCAAGGCACUCCGAAUACACCGCCAUUGAGUAAGGUUGACAGACGCCAGGGCACAAUUGAUGAGGACUCAACUUAUCAAAAGUUUCUUGCUAAUCUGAAUACAUCGCCUUCUGAACCAACAACUGGCGAAGAAAGUUCUGCUGGUAAGCAAGUGGCUAAAACUCCAUGGGAAGCAACACUCGAAGCCCUUGAAAAGCGAGAAGCAGCUGCCAGUCAACAAGUGGAGACUGCGCUUACUCGCUUUCUGAAUAUGCGCCUUGAGAGAAGCAAGCGCAAUGCAGGUGACGAUUUCAAAGGAAUGAGUAGACGGGGCAUGCGACCAAGUCGAAAUUCGAGGAAAGCUCGUCAGCGACAAGCUGCUGCCACUUCCUCUAUACCUCUCGGAAAUUCCGACGCAACACCACAAUGUGCUGACUCAUCACAGAAAUCUGCUGAUACCAAUUCUAUUUCCGUUGGUGAGCACGAU